AUGCCCGCAAUGACUACGACCUUUGUCCGGCGGGAUAUCUUCUCCAAUGUGCCCUCUCUCCGCUACACCCUCGGCAUCAUCGGCGGUCUAAUCGGGAUUUCUUUGCUCGGGAUGCUUUUCAAAUGGGGCGUUCGCGAAAGCUCUCGCGCACGUACCGCAGCGGAGCUAGCACGCGCGCAGGCCGCGGCGACCAGGAGGACAUCAACGGCGCCGGCGAACGUGUUGACCAGGAGAACAUCAGCGGCGCCAGCGAUAGUACUCAUCGCGCCGCAAAACUCAAGCGCGAACCCGAAUGCGACGACGGGGUCUCAGGCCAGCACCAACUGGUAUCAUGUGCCUAUUCCGGUAUCCGUCACCCGGCCCCCAAUGGCGAAUGCGUCGCAGGCAAGACACACGGGCGUCCCGUCGCUAACGGUGCACGCGGGAGCACACCCUCACGUACAUGGGACGGGGGCGGGAAUUGGGGGAGUGGGAGAGGAUGGGCAGCACGCCCGAACGCACGAGGACGACUGCGCGACUUGUCGCCAGAUCCGGGAGCUGCAGCGGCAGCAUGAGACGCGCCAUACAAACGACGGCGGCAUCGAGAGCCCGAGUGGCAGCGUACACGCGCGCUCCAACUGGCACUCGCCCGACCUUGACGGUCCCCCGGUCGUUGCUUCGCCGUCGCCUCGACGCGACUCCGAGGGCGCUUUUUCUCCUGCAGACAGACUCUCGCACAUCGCAAGCGUGGCGGCGGAGGCUUUUCCUGACGUUCCCCCGCUGCUACAAUCUCCUCCCAGCGCCGCUCCCCCACCGCGGCGUUCAACUUCGGGCGCCGUUUCGCCGCCGCCGCCAUUCCAAGGGAACGACGCUCCUCCAGCUUACACGCCAAUUGCAUCCCCAUGA